CAAACUUCGCGGGCUAGCACACCUUGGUCCUAGAUAUUAUUUGACGUUGACCCUGCGAACACGAAAUAGUGACAGCCUGCUCGGAACAUGAUCAACGCAUUUCUAGUCUUCAACGGCCAAGGCCAGCCGCGACUGACCAAAUUCUACACCCAACUGGACACGAGCAUACAGCAGCGGCUGAUAUCGGAGAUCUUCACGCUCGUCUCAAACCGGCCGCCCGGGUCGUGCAACUUCCUGCCGCUGCCACCGCUGCUCGCCGCCUCGGGCACUUCGCACUCGGCCUCGGAGCCGCACAACGACGUGCCGUCGCUCGUGACGUACCGCAACUACGCGACGCUCUACUUCAUCAUCAUCUCGACGUCGACCGAGUCCCCGCUGGCGCUCAUCGACCUGAUACAAGUCUAUGUAGAGGCGCUGGACCGGCUCUUUGAAAAUGUCUGCGAGCUAGACCUCAUCUUCAACUUUGAGACGCUGCAUGCCACGCUGGGCGAGAUGAUUGUCGGCGGAGUGGUCAUCGAGACCAACAUGGACCGCAUAGUGGCUGGUGUCAGGGCACAGGGAACAGUGGCGAAGAGACCGGUCAACGAGUCACGGUCAACCGGGCUGGGAGCUGGGCUUGGGAUGGGCGGGAACUUUGUCUGGCAUGGCCGAUGA